ACUGCGUUAUUUACAUCACUGAAGAUGUCGGAACUGUCAUGAGGUGAGCGUCAGAACCAGCGCAGAUGCUACAGGACCAGUCAGUCCAAGUGGCUCUGGUGCCAGAGAACCGUUACUCUGGACCAGUAGCGGACCUCCAGAAAGCUCAGCUGUCUCCCGGAGGUUCCCUGCUCUGUAGUCUGGAGGUUGGUGGGAGACUCUCGGUUUGGGAUCCAAGAAGUAGUGAGACAUCACCCGCGAGAGCAGAAGGCGUAUUCUCGGAUUUCAACUGGCAAGUGGACAAGGAUGUUGGCUCUCAAAAUAGGGAGCAUGGAGUUUCUCGGCUGCUCGCAGUUGGAUCUCAGUGCAAUCUAAAGCUCAUUGAGGUCCUAAAUGGAUCCUCAGUGUCUUUUCAAUCCAUAUAUGAGUGCACAGCAGGGGGUCUGUUGCAGAGGAUUCAAGAGCAGGACCAGAGUGUAUGUGAGCUACAGUCGUUGCUGUUGUUGCAGUCUGUGUCAGGACAGUGCUGUGUCCUGGUGAACUCAGUCUGGCUUCUGCAGCUGCACUUGCGAGACCACUUGGAGAUUGUCACCUGCUGCAGAAUUCACCUGAGAGACAACACAGUGUCUGUCCAUCACAGCGUCCACCGAGACACCCUCUUUGUCCUCAGCACGUGUGGACUCAUAUCUGUGUUCAAUGUCUGUGAGGGACGUCCACUGGCAUAUAUCGACCUACACUCCUCAAUCAAAUCUGACCAAACCGAUGAUGACCCAUCCUCAAGCUUUGUUUCCUCUCCUCCGAUUUCUUCAUCCUCCUUUUGCCUGCUUCAAGUGUCAGCUGAUCUGAACACACUUGUUGCCAUCACUGUAGCUCCGGUCGCCAUCGCAGUUGAUCUGAACGACUACUUCAGACGUUAUCCAGAUCAUCUCCUGGCUGCUUCUCCUCCCACCAAGCUGUGUGUCCAACCCACUGCGCUCCAAGAUGAGGACAGUGUGUCCAGCUCCAACUGUAGCCUCUCAGCCCUUGGAUUCUCCUUCACCACUGACCGAUCAUGGGAGGCUCGUCUGGCUUCUCUGUACCCGGGUUCCAAGCAGCGUCUGUCUGGACCCUCCAAACCCCCCAUGACCAGCGAUUCCUGGUUCUCCUCACUCCCAUACCUGGCGCCUCUCUUGGCCUCAUCUUCAGUCCACAGCAGAGUCCCUUGUGGUGCAGCAACUGCUGCCUUCUCCAUCUCCGACAUGUACAGACCUUCUGUGCUAUCCGUCUCUGACUUCUCUGCAAUGCUGACCUUCGUCUCACCUGGCAACGCACACAUCACUUUGGCUCUGUGGGAGUUUGAGCCUGGGGCUGUGAGCUACCACCAGGUGAAAGGAGGAGCACUGCCAGUUCAGUGUUGUGGGGAAAAACAUCCGCAGCUUUUGCUUACUGACUCAGGUUUGUCCCAGGUCUUGUUCUCCAUGUCCCAGCAGGAUUUACUCAGUAGGUUAAUGUUGUUCGGCAGUGCAUCCACCGUUGAUGCGGUGUGCCACCUGAACAGCUGGGGGCGCUGCUCCAUCCCAUUCCAUGCUCUUCAGGCGGGUCUGAAGAACCGUCAGCUGGACACAGUGGACUUUUAUCUGAAGAGCAAAGAAAAUUCACUGAAACCUCCGGCAUCAAUGAAUCCUGCUGAUCAGUCUGAAUCCUCCUCUGUUAGCCUCCCAGAGGCUGUCCAGGAGCUGCGCCCUGCGUUGGAUUUGUUGUGUUCAGCUGUAAGAGACUCCAACAGUGACGCUCAGAGCCGUCAGUUCGCAGAACAACUUCUCAACAUCACAAUGAACUUUAUCAACACGCAAAUUCGAUCUCUGCUUUCUGAUCCUCACUAUGAGGAUGCUUCUGUGAGAAGCUGCGUCGAAGUUCUUGACAGAUAUGUAACGGAGCUUCGAAAGUAUAUGAAAAAGUACCCGUGGCCGCCGGCGGGCGACCUUUCUCGAAGGAAUUCUCAUCCUGACCAGAUGCGUGAGCAGGACGAGUGGGAGUUUUUAUCAACUGAGGAAGUUGUUCGUCGGUCUAUUCUGACCAAUCAGAUCCCACGUGCUCAGGUGGUCCUGAGGAGGCAGAGCAAGCCAGAGCAGCAUCUGUCAGCUCUGAGGACAGAAGGUCUCCAUCAGGUUUUCAAAAGUCUGCAGCAGCGAGAGCUACAUACCGCCAACACUCUCCUCACCAACAUGGGUUUCAAUGUGAAGAAGCAGCUGCACAAAAUAUGUUUGCACACCAAUGACAAGCAGCUGCGAGAGUUUGUGGUGGAGGAGCUGACUAGGAGGAGAUUCUUCCUGGAGGAGGAGACUCAGAGUGUCCUCUUCAUCAGAGAGAUGGAGAAGCUUGGAUCACUGCCGUUGUCACACCGACACAGAGGUGUCACUAGCAGGUCUGUCGGAAAAAUGGAUCUGGUUGUAAAAUCUGCCGGCGAAGUCCUGGAAGAGCUGUUGGUCCGGAAAGAGUGUAGCGUGGACCAGAAGGACCUCUGGCAGAUGGUGAGAUUGGACUGGGUGAAGAACUGGGACCAGAGCAGCAGAACUGCCAUCCUUCUAUCGCGGCGCGACCACACGGAAUUAGAGCCCUGUGAUGCGGCCCUGCUGUGGCAGUACUUGACAUCAUUGCAUGACCAGAACAGGGUCGUGGACUGGAUCCAGAGCUCUGGUCUGUCUGGGUCCUCCCAGUGGCCGGAGUUAGCGCCUGAACUGGUCAACAGCAGCACUGUGUGCAGCUACACUAUGAGAGAGAAGAUUCUAGACCUGCUGGCCAGACGUGGAGUGUUUAUUCCCGAUGAGCUUUCAGACCUGGAGCAGUUGCUCUGGCGACUCUCUCAGGGUGAAGGCGUGAUGUCGUCUUCGCCACUUGUUCCUCAGCUGCGCUCACCAAUUGGACUGGACCUCCACAGUCUGGUCAUCAACUUCUGUGUGGACCACAAUCUGCAGUACCUGCUCUACACCUACCUGGAGCACUACAGAUUAACCCCUCGAAACUGCCCAGUCCUCACAAGUCCGAGUGGACCUGGCUCUCAUCCCUGGUGUGAAAUGCUCAUCAAGGUCCAGGAGAUUAGCCGAGACCUGACAGAUCCAGGUCUGGUGUUCCAAGCGAGUCUCACCAGUGCUCAGGUCCUGCUGCCGGGCGGUCAGUCGUCUCUCAGCAGUCUGCUGUUUGAGGGUCACAGUCUCCUGGCUCUGGCUACCAUCAUGUUUGCGCCAGGAGGAAUUGACCAGGUUGUGGUUCAGGGAGCAAAGUCCAGCAGAACUGAGAAAACAGUCGACCCUCAGCUCCUGAAGAUGGCGCUGGCCACUCACCCCAAACUGAGGUCUGCUCUGUUCCCCUCUGGACCCAGAGGGGGUCCAUCCUAUGACGUGUCAGUCUAUCAUCUCCUGCAGUCACUUCACCCCCUUGAUCCGUCAAGACUAUUUGGGUGGCAGUCAGCAAACACCCUCAGCUCCACCGAAACCACAGAGCUGCCGCACUUCUCCAGCCCACACUUGGUCAACAGGUUCGCUCUGAUCGAGAACCUGGACUUCCUCUUCUACCUGCGUCAUGGGAGACCGUCCUUUGCCUUUGCAACGUUCCUGGUCCAGCAGCUGAGCGACGCCACAGACGUCAAACUUUUGCUGCAGCAGGCCUUCAAGAAGGUUUAUAAAUUGGCUCUGCAGUGCUUCCAUACAGCAUCCGUCACAUCGGCUGCUGUCUGUUUCUGCGAGCUGCUUGGUGUCUGUAGCCUUCAGCUCAGAGUUGACGUGAAAGUUCUGAACACGAUCCUGCAGCACUGGGACACACAGGGCGUGCAAGCUAACCUGCACACACUCGUGUCUAAAGGUGUGAAGCUGGCGGAGGGGGAUCCUGGAGUAGCCAAGGAACUCGUCGUUUGUCUUGAGGCGGCAGUGACAGACAUUUUAGAGCAGAAAGGCAUCAGCAGGUCGUCGUAUGAGGCGUCUCAGGAGUGGGCGUUACCUGUACAGUUCUGUCAGAUCCAUUCUCUGACGCUCAGCUCUGUUUACCCCUUCCACUGUGCCACGGACGGACAGUUCAUCCACUUCCUGCUGUUUGUCCAGCUGCACAACUUCCCUCCUCAGCAGGUGAGGUCACUAUCUGCUCAGUUUGGCCCAGCCCUCCAGGACCAUCUGAGUCUAGCUUUCCAGGAGCUUCAACUAUUCAACCAAAGCGAGCAUCAAAGCCCAGAGAGCGAGCCGGAAACUUUGAUAUCAGAGGAGGUUUCGGAGAAAGAGGAGCAGCCAAGGGAGCUUUUCCAGGUUCUCCUGCUGAGUCAGCAGGAGGCAUCGCCCUUCAGGUACCUGCUGGAAAAGUCCCUGGUGCAACGGUGCCCGACAUUGGCAGUGCUAGCUGCCUGUCAAGAGGGAGCGGAGCUGUUGCCUUGCCUGUGUCUGUGGAUUCUCACGUCGGUUGAUGAUGUGUCGAUUCAGGAAGCCACCUCCCACCUUCCUGUGGGACCCCAGCACCAUGACUGGUCGCUCCAUGAUCUUUCAUUCAUUUGGAAAACUCUCUUGGAGCGGGGUCUGGUCAGGCCUCUCCUCCGAGGCUUCGAGCUGUUCUACCGGGACUGUCCUCUAGUGUUGGUGUUGAGGAUGUUUGAGUUGUGCUGCGACUUCAGAAACUUCCCUGCGGCCAAGUUGAAACUCCUGGAAUUCCAGAGGAUGCUCAUUGCUCUGAGAAAUGGAAGCCCAGCGCCCCUUUGUGGACUCCCCUUGCAGUGGGUGGAGAGCCAAGCCUCUGUGCUGCUCUUCACAAUGCUGCAGCGUUGCUCCUCACAGUUUGACCUUCACCGGCUGUUGCAGCUACUCGCAGAUGUGGAUAGGCUUCUCAAAUCAAAUGGUCCAGAUUUUAAAAAGCUGAGUCAGCUUAGCCAAGUGUUGCACGGGUCUGAUGUCAGCGUGCCUCCAAGGCUGCUGCAGAGCAGCUCCCCCUCGGUGCAACAGGAGGAGUUCCAGGCCACUGUGGAUGCUCUGCAGACUCUGGGACGCUUCACUCAGGCCAGACAAGUAGCUGUGCUGGCUGGACUUCCCAUCCAUCGAUUGCUGCUUAAUCAGCUUCUCCAGGAAGUGAACGCCCAAAAGGCCAGGCGUCAGUGGGGAAGGUUGGAAACCCGAGUUGCCUUCUGGAAAAAGUGCCACGAUCAGCUCGAGUCUGACGCCUCCGAUCCAGAACUAGCUGCCCAGUUCUUUUUGUCCCAGACUGCCUGGAGAUCUGAGGGACGCAGCAGCACGGAGAGCACUGAGCUGCAGUCAGAACUGCUGGAUGUGCAGGAGCGAUGCUUGCUGCUGGUGCUGUCAGCUCACUGGAUCUCCCUACAGAACCCGGUGCCUCUCAAACAACUGGAGGAGUUGGAAAAGAAACUGUGGAGCAGUCGGGUCAGACAACACAUUAUCAAGGUCGCAAUGGAGAAGGAGAGCGUUUUCAACCUGCCGUCACAUAUGGUUCUGCCUGAUGCGAACACUUACGAAGUUCUCAUGAAGAAGUUCUCUUUCUCAACUAUAUCCGAGAUGAACUCGGACUCCUGGCUCAGCAUGGACGGACUCCCGGGUCCCAGUGAGGAUUCAGUCACAGACUCUGAGUUAAACCAUGAGGAAAGGAGUAUCCUGGUGGUGAAGGUUGGUCAGUUGUUGGACAGUGGAAGCAUCCAUGAAGCCAGCCGUGUGUGUCGCUACUUCUCUAUGCAUCAAGCGGACUUGUGGGUGGUGCUGCGCUGCCGCGGCCUCGCCUCAGGGGAACUGCAGCCGGAACCAUGUGAUCAGGCGGAAGAAGAACCCAACAUGAGGCGCAUCGUGACCUCUCCUUCCUUCAGCAGCUUAUCAUCGUUUGUGAUGCUUCCACUCCCAGACGACGACGUCGCCAUACAGCUUCAGAAGCUUGUCGACCAGUGUCGUCAUGGCAACAACUACUGCAAGCAAGUCCUGAGCCUUUAUCAACUUUCCAAGGAGCUGCAGUGUCCCUUCACUCAGAUCUGCCAAGAGGAUCCACGCUUGGUUCUGGAGAAGCUGCUGCUGUCGGAUCAGCCUGAGAGGUUCAGGAAAGCUCAGGCCUUCAUCAAGACUCAGGGUUUCUCCACAGACACUGUGGCUCAGCUGGUGUCCUCAGCUGUGGUCCAGGCGCUGCUCGAUGCCGACGAGGACUUGCAGACAGUGGAGAGACAAGUGUUUCGGCCGUCGGAGGGGCGGGACUCCCUCAUGCAGCUUAUUAAACUGUGCGACGAUCCAAACCUGGUCGGAGUGAAGCUAAUGGAGAACAUCAACGGUGUUUCAUUGAGGGACCUAAACUGCAUUGUGGAGUUGUUGAUCGUCGCACACGACUGUUUCAGUCUGACGUGCAACAUGGAGGGAAUCGUUCGGGUCCUGCAAGCGGCGCGUCACCUGAGCCACACGUACCUGGCUCCUGGAGAACACUACAGCCUGCUGGUGCGUCUACUCACCGGCGUGGGGCGCUACGAUGAGAUGACCUACAUCUUCGACCUGCUCAUUCAGAAUCACGCCUUCGAGUUGUUGCUCCGGAAAAAGUUUGAUACAGCCAGAGGACAGAGCUCCAGCCUGAAGACGGCUCUCCUGGACUACCUCAAGCGUUGCCUUCCUGCCGACAGUGAGAAGCACAACAUGGUGGCGCUGUGUUUCAGCAUGAGAAGGGAGAUCGGCGAGAACCACGAGAUGGCAGCCAGGACGCAGCUGAGGCUCAUUGACUGUCAAGCUUGGGUGGUGACUCCAGACUUGAAGGACUCGCUGGCCAAAGCCCUGGGUCUUCUGCGAGAUGCUGCCAAAAGCUUCUUUAAUGAUUCCUGUGUGCGUCAGGCCACUCGCUGUGUGCAGCUGGCUAAACUUGUUGCCCUUCAGCUUCACUUCUUGAAUCAGGACUGCGACCUGCGUGUCAUCAACCUUCGACCCGAAGAGAUGUUGGAGGCAAUGAUGGCGCAGCCUCGUUGCUACCAGGUCCUGGUGUUAUCAGAAGCCUACGGCGUCAGCCCUGACUGGGCCGAGAUUCUGUACCAAAAGGUCAUUCUCAAUGGAGACUUUGGAUACCUGGAGGAACUGAAGCAUCAGCGACCUUUAACCACCAGUCUUUUUGAAGACAUUUUCAGGAAGUUGGAAGGAGCUCCCAGCACUGUCACUCCCAAUGUGAAGCGACUGCUGACUUACUGCGAUGACGUGUACUGUCGCUACCGACUGGCCUACCAACAGAACCUCUACGAUGUCACCAAAUCUCUGCUCCAGGACGCCAAGACGUCGGCCUACCUUAGUGACAGACUGGCCAGCUGAUCAUCAAAAUCCUCCACCGUGUUUUCAGACAGAUCACUUUGAUUUAACUCUUGAUCCAAAGACGUCAUUAAUCGAACGAUCAAUCUAAUCUAUCUUCUGUGGAGAUCAAUAAAACUCUGUAAAUGAUGUCAUUCUCUCCUUAACUAAUGGAAUGAAACAAUGAAACAACUGUUAGCUUCUACUGUACAUUUACACUAACACUAACUUGCAUUUUCACCUUCACCUUCACCUUCUUCUGCUGCUUAUCCGGGGUCGGGUUGCG